UGAACAAAAAGUGUGGGUUGUUUAAACAUUGCGACACAACCAUGGCUGAAAAUGAUGUGAUUAAACUGAAAACAGUGCCUGUUACACUUCUGAAAAGAAGAAAACGGGUUGGCAAGGAUAUCAUAAAACAACAACGAGUACGUGCUGAAGAGAUACGCAAGCGUGCUAAGAAACGGAGGAGUCAAAUAAGACCACCGGUUCAUUUCAUCAGAAGGAGUAUCAAACGAACACAAGAUCAGCUGCGCUUGGAAAGACUUGUCAACAGGAAGCCUCCCAUCUUAUCAGCUGACUACCCAAAGCUGGGAGUUGUGAUUAGAUUGAAGCAAGAAGUUGACCAAGUUUCAAAUGUGUGCAAGAAUGUGUUUCGUUUGUUGCGCCUUGAUACGUACAAUCAAGCUGUCUUUAUCAAAGUUACCGAGGCAACUCUCGAACUUUUAAAUAUUGCUUCACCACAUAUUGCAUGGGGAUAUCCGUCAAUACAGGUAGUUCGCGAUAUGGUUAUGAAACGUGGACGCACGAUGCUUGGAAGACAUAAACACUCGAUAGAUAACAAGAUAAUAGAAGAGAAAUUGGGUUAUUGUGGGAUAUUGUGCUUAGAAGAUAUCAUCCAUGAACUUGUAACAAUCGGUCCGAAUUUCAAAGCUGUUCAGCGCUUUUUGUGUCCAUUCAAACUUAUGCCAUCCAGUCGGGAUUGGAUGUCAGGUUCACGAAGAUGUCACGCACGCUCUGACUUUUUGACUGCUUUUCGCGAGGAACAAAUCAAUGAAAUGAUUCGUAGAAUGAUUUAAGAGCACAAAUAAAUAUUGUCAAUUAACUUUUAUCCCUAUUCUUUUAUAUGCAUAUGUUAUAAAUUGGAAGUCUGUUAUUCAGUCUUUUCUAGUGCUGAGGGUGAUUUUCCGCUCUCUAUUUCUAGAACAUUAAUA